AACGUGUGGAAGUGAAAGGAAGGAAAGGAAUCCAACAACAUUGGAGAAGUUUGGCAAUGGCAUCUGCUAUGGUGAAUCGAGCGAUGAAAUUGAAAUCAGCUGCAGCUCUUAUGAUUACGAGGUCUUACGCAAAGGUUGCAACUGGGACUGACAUAGUCUCGGCUGCACCCAAUGUUUCUCUCCAGAAAGCUCGUACCUGGGACGAAGGCGUCGCUUCCAAGUUCUCCACCACUCCUCUCACUGACAUUUUCAAGGACAAGAAAGUUGUCAUCUUUGGCCUCCCAGGUGCAUACACAGGGGUUUGUUCAAGCAAACAUGUUCCUCCUUACAAGGAUAAUAGUGAGAAGUUUAAGGCUAAGGGGAUUGAUUCUGUUAUUUGUGUGGCUAUCAAUGAUCCAUAUACUAUGCAUGCGUGGGCUGAGAAUCUUCAAGCCACAGAUGCUAUUGAGUUUUAUGGGGACUUUGAUGGUAGCUUUCACAAAAGCUUGGAAUUAGUUACUGAUCUCUCUGGUGCUUUACUUGGAACUCGAUCUGAAAGAUGGUCUGCAUAUGUGGUAGACGGAAAGAUUAAGGCUCUUAAUGUUGAAGAAGCUCCCUCUGAUGUCAAGGUUUCUGGCGCAGAUACCAUUUUGGGACAGAUUUGAAGUAUCUGUUAGUUUGUAUGUAUGUAGAAAGUCUACAAUAUAAUAAUGUACCUGAUCAAAUGUUGCAACUCGAGAGUUUCUGUUGGAUCACUUAUUUUUGAGUAUUGGACUUCUUUCUGUUGUCACUGAUCCCUUUUUCCCGGAUGCAAUGUUAUAGGCAGAAAUAAGUUUCUGGUAUGCAUUAUUAUCAGAUGUAUGUUUGGUAUC